UCAACUUUGCCCGAAUGACAUCGUAUACACUCUGGGGAUUACUGUUGCUGGUGUUGCUGCAGUCAGUUUGCCUGUUGGCCUGGCAGAAUUACAAGGAUUAUAGGGUCUUUGAGCUGCAGCCACGAGAUGAAAGUGAGCAGCAACUGUUACGGCAGUUGGCGAGGGAAAAACCACACUGGGAUUUUCUGGGCUCACGUCGCAGUCUUAAUGAGACAGGAUUAAGGGUGUUGGUGUCUCCCACACAGGUUGAGAGUCUGUUGACCUUGUUAAAUGAGAAACACAUACAACAUCAGAUACUUUCGGAUGAUAUCUCCGAAUUGGUGCUGGCUCAGAGGGAGGAGAAUCGACGUAGCAAGUCUCGCAUCCAAAUGCCGAUGAUCGAUGUCUUUGCUGGAUUCUACACCCAUGCCGAAAUUAAUGAGUAUCUGGACAGUUUGCCACAACGUUAUCCACAACGUGCACUGGUCAAAAUUUUCGGUUGGAGCUACGAGCGUCGUCCACUGAAAUUGCUGACCGUCAGCAAUGGUGAUGGAAGAUCAGAUAAACCCGUGAUCUUCAUAGAUGCUACCAUGCAUGCUCGGGAAUGGAUUGCUCCCUCUUUCGCUCUAUAUAUAAUUCAACAGUUGCUGGAUAAUUAUGAGGAAAAUAAACAACUUCUGGAGAAUUACGACUGGGUGAUUAUGCCCGUUGUGAAUGCAGAUGGUUAUGAAUACACUCAUACCGAUUCACGCUUUUGGCGCAAGACUAGAAAACCUACCAAAGAUCCGGAAAACAUUGGCACCGAUCUCAAUCGCAAUUUUGGCUAUAAAUGGGGGCAAAAUGAUGGUUCCUCGGCAGAUCCUGCGGAGGAAAUCUAUCGUGGAGAGUACGCCUUUGAUCAGCCAGAGUCUCAGGUAGUGCGGGAUGUGUUGCUUCACUACAGCGAUCGUUUGAGGUUCUAUCUUUCUCUUCACUCCUAUGGCAACUACUUUUUACUGCCAUGGGGUCACACCAGUUCCCUUCCUCCAAAUUACUACGAGAUGAUGGAAGUGGCAGAUGCGGGCGCCAUGGCUAUUGUUCAUGCCACCAACGGCAUCUACAGCUAUGGUAGCGGUUAUCAUCUUAUGUAUCCAACGUCGGGAGACUCCACCGACUAUGCUGCAGGUGUUGCCAAUGUGACAGUGGCUAUAACCAUGGAACUACCCGCUGGAGGAUUUCUUGGUUUCGAUCCUUGGGUCUCACACAUCGAGGGCUUCGUCACAGAAAGUUGGGUGGGAGUGCGUGCUAUGGCCAAGGAGGUGAUAAGACGUUACCCACCGCAGUUGUAAAUAACGAUAGAUUAUAAUCUAACAUUAUAACAAUCAACAACUUUUACUUUUUUGUGAUCACCCAAAAAGAAAUAAAUAUUCUAAUUUAAACAUG